AUGCACAAAAAGAGGAGAGGGCAAAAACCUUUUCUGUUGAGCAACUUUAAGGAAUCGUUAUCGGAGGUGGCGCAUGACGCCGAUGCAAAUGGUGAUUACGGUCAACUUCCUCCACAGCAGCGAAUACGAAAGUUACAUGCAAGACUUGCGGAAUUAGAAAAGGAAAGAGAGAAAAGGCAACAGAGUCGAGAAGGAGCGGCGAAGAUGAAGCAGACCCCUGAAAAUGCCAGUAAUAUUUUUGCUACAUUCUAUAUUCGACGACGAUCUAAUAGGAAAUUAGGGAAUUCGAGUUGCUAUGCUUUUGCUACUGAGUUGAGAAAAUGUAGUGAUAGGCAUCCACCAUUACUUAUGAUGCAAGACAUACGUUGGCAUUUUAACAAUCCAAAGAUGGGUAACGCAGCUGACUGUGAAUCUCAGCUUAGCCAAUAUGAGAAAGAAAUCGAAUCUCUGGAUCAACAAAUAUCUAAACUUCGUCUGUUACUAGAAGACGCGCAAAUGCAGAGUGGUAAUGACACUCCUCCAUCGCUGCGGUCGGGAAGUUCCACUGGAAGCGCGCCGCCAGCGCGUCCUCCUCACCCCCAAACAUCUCAACGUGGUAGUUACAGCGAAGAAAGUAUAGCAAGUAGUGACGGUGUCAACACUCCAAAUCGAAAUAACGGUGCUCAGUUGCGGCGUGACGAGGUACGUUUGGCUGCGUGGUGUUAUCAAUGCAGACGGAACGUUUUCGGCUUGCUCUACGAGUGCAAAUUACAGGUAUACGAAGAGUGUGCCAUGCCUGCAUUAGGUACAGCUGUUGCACAGUUCCCCUUUGAGGGUGGUACAGAAGGCACCAUCGGAAUACAAGAAGGUGAAGAACUUUUGCUCAUUGAACGAGAUGAAGGAGAUGGAUGGACAAGAGUUCGACGGAUUGAUAAUUCUACCGAGGGUUUUGUUCCGUCCAGUUACCUUCAAUGCAAGUGGUAUGCAGCGGACGAGAACUUAUCAUCUUUCCUUAGUCCGAAUUGCCCGACGACAGAUUUCCGCCUCCUAAUAUUGUUUUUGCUUUAUGAUUCUUAUAUGCGAAGUGGCCAAGCGAUUAUGUCCGAAUCAGUUGAGAUAUCGCUGGAGAUAUCUCUCAAAAAUUUCACAUUUCUACGUCUGACUUUAGCCUAG